AUCCGCGGGCGGCCUUCCCCAGCGUGCUACGAAACCCGGAGCAUUCGGUGGCCCCUCCCUGGGGACUACCCCAAGCUCCUUAGUGCCGCUGCUCCCCAGCCAGGCCGUAACUGGGAUGCCCGCCUGUGUCUGGGGCUGAGGCGAGGGAGCCCUCGGCCGUGCCCCGCUGGAGCUGCAGCGGGUGCCGGGACACCGAGCACGGGGUCCGGCGCCAUCGGCGUCCCGCCCCGCCCGCCAGCUGUGCGGGCGCCAUGGCGGCGAUGGCUGCGUUCUGCGGGUCGCAGGAGGGCUCGUCUGGGCUCUGGGACUGGAACCAGACAUGGUAUACAGGCACCCCAAGAUUUACCCAGUGCUUUGAGAGUACAGUCAUUGCUUGGAUCCCUUGUGCCUAUCUCUGGAUCUGUUUUCCUUUCUACUAUUUGUAUCUUCGACACAAAAACAAAGGCUACAUCAGGAUGUCCUACAUCUUCAAAACCAAAAUGGUCCUUGGAGUCAUCCUGGUAAUACUGUGUUUUGCUAAAGUCUUCUUCAUACUGUGGGAAAUAAGCCAAGGAAUCUCACAAGCUCCAGCAUUCCUCAUUAGUCCUGCCAUAGUGGGAAUCACAAUGAUCCUUGCCAUGUUCCUUACCCAAGCAGAAAGAAUGUCAGGCAUCCAGUCUUCAGGCAUCCUGUUGAUAUACUGGCUGCUCUCAUUCAUGGCUGCAGUUGUGAUGUUUAGUUCCAAAGUCCAGCGUGCCCUGGAAAGAGGUUUCCUGGAAGACCAUUUCCACCAUGUUACAAGUUACCUUUAUGCUAGCCUGGUGCUAGGAGAACUUGUGCUAUUCUGCUUAGUCGAUCAGCCUCCCUUCUUCUCUAAAGCUGUCAACAAUCCUAAUCAGUGUCCAGAAGCCAGCACCUCUUUUCUUUCCAAAAUUACAUACUGGUGGUUGUCUGGGCUUCUCUGGAAAGGCUGCCAGCGGACCUUGGAGGUGGAUGACUUGUGGCCAGUGAGGAAAGAGGACUCCUCCGAAGAAAUUGUUGCUCGGGCUGAAAGAGAGUGGAGGAAGUGUUGUAGUAGACCCCAGCACAAAAAGGAGUCUGCUACAUUUAAAAAGGGUCAGAAGAGUGAAAGCAGCAUAGCAGAAGCUGAAGAGACAGAGGUUCUGCUGCGGUCAGAGCACAGUCAGAGCAAGCCAUUACUGAAAGCGUUUUGGAGCAUGUUUGGAACACAUUUCCUUCUCAGCACUGUCUGCUUACUUAUCUGUGAUGUCUUCCUGUUCUCUACCCCCAGAUUACUGAGCCUUUUCCUGCAGUUCAUGGAGGAUCCAGAGGCACCCAGCUGGCACGGUUAUUUCUGUGCCUUCACUCUGUUCCUCUUGGCUUGUCUCCAGACUCUGUUUGAACAACGAUACAUGUACACGUGCCUUGUUCUGGGCUUGAGACUGAAAACUGCAGUGACAGGGCUUGUCUACAGGAAGGUCCUAGUUCUGUCAAAUGCAUCAAGGAAAGCAGCAACAGUAGGAGAGAUUGUCAAUCUGGUGUCUGUUGAUGUCCAAAAGCUAAUGGAUCUGAUUGUCUAUUUUAAUGGGACCUGGCUUGCUCCCAUUAGGAUUAUCAUCUGCUUUAUCUUCUUAUGGCAGCUUCUUGGGCCAUCUGCCUUGACCUCGAUUGCUGUGUUCCUUUUCCUUUUGCCCCUGAAUUUCAUCAUCACCAAGAAGAGAAGUCAGUUUCAGGAGAACCAGAUGAAAUAUAAAGAUGAGCGUGCCGAGCUCACCAGCGCCAUUCUCAGUGACAUGAAAGUGCUCAAACUGUAUGGCUGGGAGAAGGCCUUCAUGGAGAAAGUGCUUGGCAUCCGGGGGCAGGAGCUUCAGGCCCUGAAACGAUCUCAGACUCUCUUUGCAGCAUCUCUAGCUUCUUUCCAUUCAUCAACUUUCCUGAUCGCCUUUGCCAUGUUUGCUGUCUACACACUGGUGGAUGACACACACGUCCUGGACGCUCAGAAGGCCUUUGUGUCUGUGACACUGAUCAACAUUCUCAACACCGCGCACUCCUUCCUGCCCUUCUCCAUAAACGCUGCUGUCCAGGCCAAGGUGUCUCUACACCGCUUAGCAGCUUUUCUGAGUCUGGAGGAACUGGACCCUGUGAGCUCCAGUCGAAGCACUUCUGGCUGCGAACAGGCAAGUAUCACCAUAAGAAAUGGGACUUUUUGCUGGAGCAAAGAGACUUCUCCUUGUCUUAGAAGGAUAGAUCUUACUGUACCCAAAGGCUCCUUGCUUGCUGUAGUUGGCCAGGUGGGUGCUGGAAAGUCCUCCUUGCUGGCAGCAUUACUUGGUGAGCUGGAGAAGACAGAUGGCUGCAUCACCAUCAAGGACACCACAGCUUAUGUCCCCCAGGAAGCCUGGAUACAGAAUGCUUCAGUGGAAGAUAAUAUUCUUUUUGGGAAGGAGAUGGAUAAAAGCUGGUUCAAUAGAGUGAUAGAUGCUUGCGCACUGCGGCCUGAUUUGGAGAGCUUCCCUGCAGGGCAAAAGAGUGAAAUAGGAGAGAAGGGGAUCAAUAUAUCUGGAGGGCAGAAGCAAAGGGUCAGCCUUGCUCGUGCUGUGUACCAGAAGGCUUCCAUUUACCUACUCGAUGACCCACUCUCAGCUGUUGAUGCCUGUGUUGGACAGCACAUCUUUGAACAUGUUCUUGGACCCAGCGGCUUACUGAAAGACAAGACUCGCGUGCUGGUGACUCACAGAGUCAACAUUCUGCCACAAGUGGACAGCAUUGUUCUUCUGGUGGAUGGAGCAAUCUCAGAAGUUGGUUCCUACCAAAAACUCCUGCAGAGAAAUGGGCCUUUUGCAGAAUUCCUUCAUUCCCACAUUGCUGCAGAAGAGAAGGCAGGCAACGCUUUUCCAGCUGUGGAAGACACCAAAGGCACCAUCACCUCUAGAAAUGGUCCAUCACAGGACAGGCUCUUUAGCGACAAUUCAGUCAAACCUGCUGUGCGAAGGGAGACCAUUCCUGGCAGUGAAGACUGUACCUCUGCUGCAGCCACUGAGGGAAGGUUAACCGAAGGAGAGAAAACGCAGCGCGGCAGGGUUAACGCUUCUAUUUAUGCAGCCUACUUGAAGGCAGCAGGCCCAGCUCUGUGUGCAUACAUCCUCCUGCUGUUCACAGCCCAGCAAGCUGUGUCCUUCUGUCGUGGGCACUGGCUCAGCACGUGGGCAGAUGACCCUGUUCACAACGGGACACAACAGCACACAGCGAUGAGAGUUGGAGUCUUUGGUGCACUGGGAGUCAUUCAAGCCUUUGGCAGAUUUGUCGCCACAGCUGCAGUCCUUCUGGGUGGGGUCUUAGCAUCACACAAGCUAUUUGUGCAGUUGCUAUGGAACGUUGCUAGAUGCCCAAUGGUCUUCUUUGAGCAAACACCCGUUGGAAACUUGCUGAACCGCUUCUCCAAAGAGAUGGAUGCCAUCGAUUCUGUCAUCCCUGACAAGCUCAAGUCCUUGCUGGGUUUCUUGUUCAACUUGCUGGAGAUCUACCUUGCCAUUCUAGUGGCUACUCCAUGGGCAGCAACAGCUAUAGUGCCCUUGACUGUUCUUUAUGCUGCAUUCCAGCACUUCUACGUCGUCACCUCCUGCCAGCUGAGACGCAUAGAGGCUGCCAGCAGGUCACCCAUCUACUCCCACAUCUGGGAGACCUUCCAGGGGAGCAGUGUGAUCCGUGCUCACAAGCAGCAGCAGAGGUUUCUGUGCAAGAACAACUUCCUGGUGGAUGAGCACCAGCGAGCAAGCUUCCUAGGAGCAGUCACUGACAGGUGGCUUGCUACAAACCUGGAGUUUCUAGGCAAUGGUAUUGUGCUGUUUGCAGCACUGUUUGCAGCAGUGGGCAGAACGCAGCUCAGCCCAGGUGCUGCUGGCUUCUCCGUCUCAUGUGCUCUCCAGAUAACUGGUGUUCUCAACUGGAUGGUGAGAGCCUGGACAGAACUAGAGAAUAGCAUUGUGUCUGUGGAGAGAGUGAGAGAAUACUCCAGGACUCCUAAGGAGGCACCCUGGACCCUGAAUGGUGAACUUCAAGGUCAAGUUUGGCUCACUGAAGGAAGAAUUGAUUUCAGGAACUACAGCCUGCGGUACAGGCCACAGCUGGAGCUGUCACUGAAGCAUAUCAGUCUCACCAUCAAUGGGCAUGAGAAGAUUGGCAUAACUGGAAGAACAGGAGCCGGGAAAUCUACUCUUGCUGUGGGGCUGCUGCGAUUAGUGGAAGCUGCAGAAGGAGCAAUCCUCAUUGAUGGGCUGGACAUUGCCCAGCUAGGUCUCUAUGACCUCAGAACCAAGAUAACUGUCAUUCCCCAGGAUCCAGUUUUGUUUUCGGGCUCUCUAAGAAUGAAUCUUGACCCAUUAAACCAAUACACGGAUGCAGACAUCUGGACAGCUCUGGAACAGACUCAGCUCAAGCCCUUUGUUGCAGACUUGCCAGAUCAGCUGGAAUACAAGUGCACUGACCAAGGGGGAACUCUAAGCACCGGUCAGAAGCAGCUGGUUUGUCUGGCCAGAGCACUUCUUCAGAAAGCCAAAAUCCUCAUUCUUGAUGAGGCCACAGCAGCAGUAGAUCUAGAAACUGAUCUCCAGAUUCAGUCCACCCUGAGGACUCAGUUCAAAGACAGCACAGUGCUAACCAUAGCUCACCGGAUAAACACCAUCAUGGACUGUGACAGGAUUUUAGUCUUGGAGAACGGUCGGGUAGCCGAAUUUGACACGCUGGAGCAGCUAGUGGCUCAGAAGGGACUGUUCUACAGACUGAUGAAAGAAUCAGGCCUUGCUUGACCCACUCCAGUUGUAUCCCAUAAUGCCACCAGUAUCAGGAAUGAUUGAUCUCAUAAUUGAGUUAUGCUGGUUUCACUCUAAGAUGCCUGAUGCUCAACCAAACCUUGUUUGACCCAGAAGCACAGCAAGCAGAUGAAAAGGGAUGAUUUGAGACACUCUCCAGGAGCAACUCAAUUCCAUUAUCAUUGUGUUUCCAGACACCAAAACCUCAGUACUGUGUGGAAGAGGAGCCACUCAAAUUCAGUGUCUGGCUGCUUUCAUGGUGCAACAGCAAACAAGCCAAAGAAACACACCACAGCAUGUCAAUGUGCACCAUAAAUGGGACCCAGACACACACUGAAAGGUACAGAUUGGUUUUUGAAGCCAACAAGAUUUUAUGAACAGCAGGUGACAACUGAAGUGGCAGCAAGCAAGCAAACUUACCUGUUUACAGCUUCUCCAAGUUCCAAGCAGAACAAAUUUAGUCUUUUGCCAGUGUCUUAAGGACUGCUCCCCUGAGCACUGUUACACAGGUGGGGACACUGGACAGCAGUUGGAUCUCGUCACCUGCAGUGCACAAACUCUGAGGUAGUAAGGAAGAGGAAGUGAGAUGCCACUGAGCACGAGAGCAUAGAGCUGGGGCUCAAAUCCACUCCUCCUCUUUCUGUGUCAGCUUUGGAGGGGCCCCAAGUGAACAGUGCUGUGCAAAGGGCUGCCAGCCUGCUUGGCAGAAGGGAGCCAGCUUUAGACAUGGGCUUGCUGGUGCAGGGAGUAACAUGGCUGGGAGUGAGCAGCACAGCAUUGGCCCUUCUGCUUCAAGGCUUUGACAGCUCUGCUGAAAGAUGGUGGUUGGUCACAGCAGAGGACAUCCAAAUGCCAAUACAAUCACUUCAAAAUGGAAUUUGUCCACAGGGAAUCAGGAGUCGAGGAAGUGUCCUCCUUUGAUCCCUGCACUGUAAGAGUCUGGCAGAUGGAGAGAGUAGCAGGGACUUGCCUGUGGACCUGGUGGUUCCUUCAUGUUUUUCUUCUUGAGUGCAAGUUUAAUUGCUGCAUGAGCAACCCUGGUGCUGCAGAGCCUCUGGCAGGGCUGUCUUUCAGAGGUGACUGCAACAAACCAAGAGAGCAGCUGGAAGCAAAGCCCCUCCUGGGCUUCCCAAAGUGCUGGGGAGCUGUGGUCAGAGCUGCCCCCAGGUCUCUCCUCAGGAAUCACAAGACAAGGGUGUGACAAACAAAUCACACUGAGAUGCUGCUGUUCACUGAGACUUGUUAAUGAAAUAAAACCAGAAUCAAGUAUUGAAAUAGGUCUCCUGAGUAAAGACCAAGUAAAUACAGUAUAAAAAGGAGUGAUGGGGGAGGGGAUAGAAGAGUCCAAACUGGCAAAAGUCAACCCAAAGCAGCAAGACACACCAGCUUCCUCUCCAACAGCUCUUCAGCUGCCUCUUCACCCAGUUUCUGCUGGACAAGUGGCUAAGAUACUAACAGUCAAUGCCUACUGCCACACUGGUGUUCAAGUACCAGGUAAGAGGCAGUUCUUUCCCUCUACUUUUUCCAAACCUCACUCCAGGGCAGAAAACAAAAAAUAGUAAUUAAAAACUAAAUAAAUUUUGAACCUGAAACAACA